GCCCAUCUCGUAUUUUCCAAGCAACCCGCACGGCACGACGGCGAGCGGCCGAGAAACCUCGCGGCGCCGCGCCCGCCGGAACGCGGCUUUGCUCGGCGUCCGUGGCACACGGCCGCGAGAGGGGAGAGAGGCGACGGCGGUGGCGGCAACGGAUUAGCCGAUUCCCGAAUCACCCCCUCCCGCCUUCCCACAAUUCCCACCGGAGCCCUCCACCCUGCGCGAACGCGCGCCGGCAGAUUCCGGCGGGGAUGGCCGGUCCGGCCGCGACCGCGCUGCCUCUAUCCGCAGGCUCGCCUCCGCUUCCAAGGCGCGACCCGUCUGUGGUCUGCGGCCUGACGAGAGCUCCGCGUCUGAUGGUUGCCAAGGCUCACACUUGUGUUCUUCUACGAUUUACUCCGGUCAGCCGCUGGAAAUGUGUGGCUGCGACUGGCCAUGGAGGUCAGGGUCUCCGCGCUGGCCAAUACCAGUUUGAUGACGAUGAGCCGCUGUGGCUGGCAGUGGUCAGAGACAUCACUUGGGGUCUGAGGAGCUUUGUGGCCUUCCUGGCUGAGCAGCCGAGGCAGUUGAAGCACCUGGAGUGGCCGGGCUUUCGCAACACGUUGAGGACUGCUACGCUUACUCUUUUACUUGUUGCUGUAUUCAUUGUUGUGUUGUCGUCUGUGGAUGCUGCCCUCUGCUACGUCUUGUCCUGGCUGCUUCGGAAAUCUGCAUAGCAGGGAAUAUUUGCUUAGCUGGAGUCUGGUGAUUGGUUGUGAAGGAUAAAAGCAACACUACGGAGUGAAUGAUUUUUUGCAUACUGUAGCUUUGUGGCCUAAUGUAAUAUCCUCUUGUCCCUGUGUAUCUUGUCACCCUGAGAGUGUCGAAGGAAUCUAAGAAUGCUCUAUAACUGAUAUUUGUCCAUGUAGUUGCUUACUAUAGCAAGUUAGUGCGAACUGUUAUGGUUAUGAAAGGAAAGAAGAUGCAGCGCGGUUGCCACCCCAGUCGCUUAUUUUCUUUUUGAUAUAUAACGGAAUGUAGUUACAACAUGAGUCAUCUGCUGAAAAUUUUGUAUUAGAUGGUUUGUAAAUUAUAAUGUUAAGGCAUGUUUCCAUCUUGUCAA